GGAUUUUCAUAGAUGGAGAGGACGACACAGCCGAGCAUUUUUGAGUAAUGACUGUGGCACCAGUAUUAAUAUUGUAUUGCAUUACUUUGAUAGUCUCUCUCAGACGAUAUUGUUUCCAUUUCGCUUCCAACGUGGUUAGGUACCGUUGCCGCUCUACUCAGGAGCUACCCACCUUUGUCUCACCCUCUACUCAGGUUACUCAGUCACGUUUCUACUCUCCCUUGUUUGUAUAGCCGGAACUAUAAAGUAAGCGAGAUAAUUAACUUCAUAUACAUAGGUACAUUAGACAAGUGGGGCGCGAUGAAGGUUGCGUCCCUCAUUAGAUUGUGGGUUCUCUCGCUCGGAAGACUACCAUG